UUUAUUUAGAUUUUAGGUUAGUUUUCUUAUAUUUAUUUACAUUUAUUCAGAUCUUUUCUAUCAAUUCAAAAUUCCACUGACACGAUGUUUGCAAUCAUUCUUCAAACCAUUUUUCCAUAACGUUACAGUGACACGCAGUGGUAUAAGCACGACAUCGGUGAAGAUGAGUAAAAGUAUUCCAGAUCGGUGGAUACCUUACAAGGCAUGUGGCAAAGUAAUAGAGGGAACAAGGAUUGUUUGCUUUAAGGUUCCUCUCAGGAAGGGUGUCCAGGAACACAAUAAGGCUAUAAAAGAAAUAUGGGACAUCAAAACGCUCCUGAAUAAAUUGCCAAAUUUGGGAGCUGUAGUGGACCUAACCAACACGGCGCGCUAUUAUAACCCAGGGGAGCUACGAGAAGCCGGCGUUAUGCACAAGAAAAUUUUAAUGCCUGGCAGAGUAAUACCGCCCGAGAACAAAGUGACACAAUUUAUGGAUACCAUUGACGAGUUCUUGGGAAAAGACUGCGUGGCCGUACAAGUCAAUAAAGCAAAACUUGGUGUGUCGAGCGCAGACAUCCUGAUCGGCGUACACUGCACGCAUGGGCUCAAUAGGACAGGCUACAUGGUGUGUCGGUAUAUGCGCGAUCGUCUCGGGAUACAGGCCGACGAUGCCAUCAGCAGGUUUGAAAAAGCCAGAGGUUACAAAAUCGAACGUGAAAACUACGUAGCAGAUCUUAUGGGAAAGAAGGCGCCUCCUCCCGAUGUCGGCAAGCAAGAUACUAUGAUAAAACCGAUCAACGGCCAUGACCAAGAGGAUGGCGUUUCCAAACCCAGACAUAACAAACGAUGGGGAUUUAAUAAUCGGUCUGAUUAUAACAAUCAGUCCGGGCGUAGUAAUUGGCGGACACGUGACAAUCGGUCGGGUAAUGACAAUGAUUCGGGAUAUGGCAAUCGAUGGGGUAAUAACAACCAGUCGAGGUAUGACAAUCGGUCAGGACAUGAUAAUGAAUCGGGAUAUACUAAUUGGUCGGGAUCUGGUAAUCGGUAUGGCAAACGAUCUGUACAAUACAGAUCGCCUCUAGAUCAAUGUGACGAUAGUCAGCAUCAAGACGAAGAACAGUAUAAUAGUUUCAGAAAACGAUUUAAAUAUAACCCUUUCAAUCGUAAUCGAAAUGGAAACAACAGUAAUGAUAAUACCUCCGGUAGGAGUAGUAGCAAAUGGGAUAUGUCGGGGGCGUCUCAUAGACCUCGUUAGAUUAAGAUAUGUUCCAUUUUUAACCAAAAAGGUACUUAUUGUCGGUUGUCAACAAGGCGGUAUUUCCAUAUCGCUUCUAUAUGAUAUCAACCUUAUCGACAAUCGAUGAUGUGGUACCUUUCGGUUGAAAACGUCACAUAUGUACAUUUAAGCAAUAUAAAAGUUUGACGGUUAGAUGACAUCUUCGGUGUACAUAUUUUAACGCACGGUUCCUAUGACCAGUCGUAAACAUAAAAUAAUGUCAAACAAACUGGCAAUAUAAUUUGUUCAAAUUUAAAAUUGCCAAUUUACGUAAGUAAGGUAUACGGUCCAAACUAAAAGCAUAAUAAAUUUCCAUGUUUGCAUAAUUAGUUUAAUAAUCGGGUCUCUAUUGUUUCCCAAAUAGUUUUAAGUCAUAAUGUAUUGUUUGUCCGAAUUUUCUUUAGUCAUAAUUGGUUUUUCUCAGGAACGCGUAACUUUUUCAGGAUUGCCAUAAAACAAACCUAACCUAACCUAAUCUAUCCAUAGAAUACCCUUAACCCACCCAUACCUAUAGAAUAACCUUACGAAAAUCCUGAAAAGUUGACGGUUUCAGUUUUAUGACUAACGAUAAUAUGAUUUUUAGGGUUCCGUACCCAAAGGGUAAAACGGGACCCUAUUACUCAGACUUCGCUGUCCAUCCGUCCGUCAGUCUGUCACCAGGCUGUAUCUCACGAACCGUGAUAGCUAGACAGUUGAAAUUUUCACAGAUGAUGUAUUUCUGUUGCCGCUAUAACAACAAAUACUAAAAACAGAAUAAAAUAAUGAUUUAAGUGGGGCACCCAUACAGCAAACGUGAUUUUUGACCAAAGUUAAGCAACGUCGGGCGUGCUCAGUACUUGGAUGGGUGACCGUUUUCUUUUUGCAUUUUUUUCCGUUUUUUUUGCUUUAUGGUACGGAACCCUUCGUGCGCGAGUCCGAAUCGCACUUGCCCAGUUUUUUUAACAUGAGAGCGCAUAGCUUAUCAAAUCUGUAGGUGCCCACAAUAUGACAAGGAGCGAAGUGCGCCUUUUUUACUGAAUUUAAAUUGGCUGUUUAUAUGCACAAUUGCACAUGUAAAUUUUCAUCUGUUCGAUGAUGCUAGUAUGAAUUCUAAUGUUAUGAUUUUAUUUUAUAUCACCAAGCAGUCAAUUCUGAUCAGUUUGUUAGCUUGAAUGUGAGACCUUUGGCCUGUUUAGUGUUUAUCGAAAUCUGAUCAUAAAAAUGAGUUUGUCUUUGUUUAUUACCCGAAGAAAAAAAACACGAAUUUGAAGAAUAAAACCCAA